AUGGACGCUCUCUCUACCGAACUCGAAGAACUAUCUCAAACCUACCCAUCUGAAGACUGUCACUCUCGUUCCGACACGACUAUCAAGCGCUGGGAGCACAUCUUCCACUUCAACCGCGCACAGGCCGAAAACGCUCUAGAAACGCACUACAACAACCUUUCACGACUCACUGUUUCCGAUGAACUUUGGAUUAUCGUGCGCGAGGAACAAGAAGCCCUUGGACAUGAUAAAGAAAGCUAUGCUUUUUCGCUAUCGCAACAAUGCGACGAGGCACGACUAAGUCGACAGUCGCAGGAGAAGAAUGUCGUGAAGAAGCAACAUUUAUCAAAGGAGAGAUGGCUUUUUAGGCUAACAUUUCCCCUCGAUUCAUCAGACAAGAUUCAAGCAGUUGCACACCUAGCACAUCCACUGGAGAUUCUUAUAGACGAAGAGGUUGGGACGGCGCAAUUUGUCCAGAUCGACAGCGCAUCCAAAGCGGCCAUUGAGACGUAUCUGAAGCCAACCACGCCGACAUUCAUAGCGCUUCAAGUUGCCGCCGAGAAACAACUGUCAGACACGUCCAUAGCACCAACGUUGGGCAUCGAGGCUACACUCCCCCAAUAUCGACUGGAUACGAUACCUAGGCCGCAGCAGGAUGAAUAUCCUGUUCCGUACUUCUUCUACGGUACGCUCGCGGAGCCAGCGCGACUGAUGGCGAUGCUGGGCCUGAGCGGAGAGUCCAUGCUUAAGGCUGCCGUGGUGCGCGGUGGGAGGAUCAAGAUGUGUGAUCACAGAUAUCGCGCAUUGGUCGAUGGUUGUGAGACGGACGUUGUACACGGAGUGAUGUACAUGGUUGAGAGCAAGGAGCACGAGGACGCGCUGGGGCUAUACGAGGGCAGGAGCUACGAGGUGGUGAGAUUUCAAUAUGCUGCCGAGGCGAACAUGGGAGCUCUGCGAGCGUUGACAGCACUACGAGACGCCGACUUCCCGCUUGAGCUCGUCCUAAGCAUACUUCUAACGUACCUUCCGGAAGAAACAGACCCGCCGUCGUAUCUCGAAUACCUCAAUGAGCUCGCGACCGACUCGCGAACGCCUGGCGACGACCCCGCUGCACCCAUAGCCACGUCUCCGGUUGAUGAGCUAUCAAAUUCACGAGCGAAGAAGAGGCGACGUGCACUAGAGCUCCUACCCGUUGUGCAACCCCUCUAUGCAGCAGAGACAGAGCUUGACCUGCUGACCCAUUUCCUCAUCCACCGCGCCCACCGCAUCGACUCGCAAACCGGCCUGCUAGAUGUCCUCCCCCAGCUUCUUGUACCCUUCCUCGGCCACUCUGAGUACCUACGCACAUGGUUCAUUUCAACCGUCCUCCCUCUGCUCCGCCUGAGCUACGAGUACUAUCCGCAGAGCGCUACAGGCUCGCUCGAUGAGUUCGCACGCCUCAAAGGGAAACGCGCGAUAGACUACCAGCUCUCGAAUGUCUGCCAUGCCGGCAUAGCAGAGACACACAAUGUAGCACGAGAUUUGAAAGGCGUAGUAGCACCGUGGAUAUGUGGAGCCAACGAUCGCAAGCGACGGAGAAUUACAGGCGACGGGCGGAGGGGCACAAUAGCGCAAGAGCAAGCGCAAGAGCCAGAUGACUGGGCGUGCCUAUUUCAAUGGCUGCUAUAUACAUCGAAAGACGACUUGGCCCUGGUCACAACAGCGUUCACCGAAUGGGAUGGGCCUGAAGACAUGGACCUGGGCGGUUACGAGGAAGGGCGAGACUACGUUGGCGACGAACAACAGGGCCGACUUGAGAUGAAGUACGCGCAAACUGCCCUCGCGUGUCUCUAUCUAAUAGAUAAGAGCGACGUCGACUCCCUACAAUCAGCGCACUCAUUGUUGAGACGGAUAUCUGAACUACUCAACUGCGACCUUCCACCAGACCUCAACGUUGGCGUUGAUUCGUUACCAUCGUACAAUCUCAAAGACCCGCUGUUACAGGACUCUACAACAUCCCUCCUUCGAGAAGAACGGCUAUUAGAAUCUGAAAAUGCCAUUACAAAGCCUGGGCGGGAAAGCGUCCGCAUCCUGGAGCUUAUUGUAUUCUCGGCCUGCGUCUUGACAACCUUACAACACCCCAUGUCAGUCCGAGAGGUAGCGCAGAUGUCUCUGAGAGACGACUACUCUGAGCAAUUUUCACUGCUUCAGAAGAUUCUUCACACACUUAGCAGUGGCCCCAAGACAGACAGCCAUCAGUGGACGGCUACCAGGUCCAAGCUUUUAUGGCUGUGGAACUGGGGAACAGACCAACACGACAACGACCGUCAAGCGCAGGGCAUAUUUGGAAUGCUCGACAGCAAAACAGUUGAAGUAGAAAUACUGAAGGCGUUGCUGGAAAGCAGCCACUACCCUCUCGCCGUUGAGCUCUACAUCAAGCCCGGGUUUGGCCAGCAACCGCUCCUGAGCUCCGACGUGGAGGAAGUCGUGUUAUCAUCAGUAAUGCACCACUACGACAAUGCGAGCAACGGCAAUCGCACUAGAGGUGGCAUGAAGCGCGCUGCUGAUAUUUUCACGGCCUUUACUCCUCACUUCCCUUCAUCUGCUCGCUUUCAGCGAACCAAGGCGUUGCUUGCCGCAACACAUGCUAUGUCGUUCUACUCGUUGAUACUUCAGCACGGCGUGCCUUUUCAACCGGUAAACAUCAGAGUCAGCUCGAAUCCCCUGUCCUUAAUAGUGAAACUAUUAUCACAGAACAGAGGGAGCUAUACAAAAUUAGAUGACCUUAUCUCCAUCGGCCAGAACUUGGUCGUUGCCAUGCCAUCUACGAUAAUGGACGAAAACUCAGCAAUCAUGCCGCUUGAUGCAGCAACAGUCGAACGCAAAAAAGCCGCUGCCGAACGCCGAGUUAUUGGCAUGGCCAUCGAAGCUGCUUUGGAGGAAGAUGAUUUCGAGACUGCGUAUUCGUACGUCGUUAAUCGAGCCACGCCACCCACACCAUCACCCACACCUUCAUCCACACCUUCUUUAUCUUCUCAACGCUUCUCCUUUGGCUCACUUGAUUCGGACAACCAAGACGAUGAUGCUGAAGAUGUUGCAUGGAGGGCCGCUCUACGCGCUGGCCGCUACAGUUCAUCAUUGUCCACUUCCAAUUCAUGGUCCCAGGCUGGAACGCCGCGACCCGAUCUCCGGAGACUAGAGCAACGCAUGGAGUUGCUAUCACAGGCUCUUUUGCUUGCCCCACCAAACCAUCUUGAAGAGGUGCUUAGUGUAUGGCAACAGUGUGAAGCUGAAAUGACGGAUUUACUCGCCCACGAGACGGCGGUAGAAAUGCGCUUCAACGACGCGGCCGACCGCAAACUGCCUGGCGCAUUUGAUCUCGACACGCUCACUGUCCAGCCGCAACGACGAGAAGUUGGGCGCGGUGCGGUGGAGGAAGCGCCGAUGGGGUUGUUCGACGUUGCUCGAGGCGCCGCAGCAGCCUUCUCAAAGACUGCCUUUCCUCUUCACGGUAGUGCGCAAGCUGCAACGAAAACUGAGCAGGGCAGCAUGCGCAGCUCCAGCCGUGUCAGCUUGGACUUUAGCGAUUCGGGUAGUAUGAGUGGCCACGACGAGAGGGUAAGGAAGAGGGACAUGGUUGCUAGUGCUGCCACUGGUGCCCUAGCGAGUGGCAGUGGAGCCCUCGCUUCUGGCCUUGGUUGGAUGCUGGGGGCGAAACCGGUGGCUGAGCCAGAGCGUUAG